UUCGAUGGAGAUCUCCCGAAGGCUGCCAGUCUGGGCUUGCGAAUCCCAGGUGUGCCAAGCUCGCGACAACAAAACAAAGAUUUUUGGCGCACCAUGGGCGAGCUCUGAACAACUAAUACAUAUCAAACAUGCACUGAUAGCAUUAUAAGCACAGAAUAUACAGCUAAGAUUAAAAUUAGAAUAAAACCAAGUGAAGGGUUCAAUUUUUCCAUUUUUAAACGUUAGUGUUGAGAUCAACUGUGUGGGGCAGUAGCCCCGAGGCCACGACCGUGGAGCACGAAGGGGGAGCUCUGUUCGGGCGGCUGCAGGGGGCGCUCAGGGGCGGCGCCGCGGCCGCUUCGCCCUCGCGCGUCGCUACCUCUAUCAGGGGCUAUCUCGACAAAGUCGGAUCCCUGCAACUUAGAGACACAGGUUCCGAAGUCCCAUUCGAGGACGGCGAGGGUCAACGAUUAACUAAUGUCCUCUGAGCGCACAUUAGCAACGAAGUAACAGUUGAUAUAUUCCGAUAUGCAGUUGGCUUAUAUUUUUACUUGAAAAUAAAUAACGAUACUCAAAAUGGCGGAAGAAGGACCGCAAUCGAUCUGGCAGAAGAUCGACAACACCGUCAUACCUGUCGUUAAUUUGGAGGUGAGAGAAGUUAGGGAAGUACUAUGGGACAAGAUCAAAGAACCGACUUCCCAGAGAAAGAUCAUCUUAGUCAUAGUUUCUAUAGCCUUGCUCCUAGAUAACAUGUUGUACAUGGUAAUAGUACCUAUCAUACCGGACUAUUUGAGGUACAUCGGUGCAUGGGGAGAAGCAGGAUUUGAUCAUGUCGUAACUCUAGCACCAAUACAAGAAGGCAACAGAACGAUUAUACCAACUAAAAUAAUUCCCGCUUCACAUGAAGGGCAAGAUUCGGCUACAGGACUACUCUUUGCUUCAAAAGCUAUAGUACAACUGAUGAUUAAUCCUUUCUCUGGUGCCUUAAUCGAUCGUAUAGGGUAUGAUAUACCGAUGAUGAUCGGACUGAUUAUUAUGUUUCUAUCAACAUCGAUCUUUGCUUGUGGAAGGAGUUAUGGCAUGCUUUUCUUCGCUCGAAGUCUCCAGGGUGUUGGAUCCGCUUUUGCCGAUACAUCAGGGCUAGCUAUGAUAGCUGAUCGAUUUACAGAAGAGUCGGAGCGAUCAAAAGCUCUCGGAAUCGCAUUAGCAUUUAUUAGCUUUGGUUGUCUCGUAGCACCACCAUUUGGAGGCGCUUUAUAUCAAUUUGCUGGAAAGGAAGUUCCAUUUCUUAUUUUAGCCCUGAUUUCUUUAUUGGAUGGAUUCAUGCUUCUUUUGGUUAUGAAGCCAUUGAAAACGCAAAUAAAAGAAGCACAGCAGCCGAAACCAGAUGGUACGCCUAUAUGGAAGUUACUAAUGGACCCUUACAUAGCGGUAUGCGCAGGAGCUCUCAUGAUGUCAAACGUCGCAUUGGCAUUUUUAGAACCUACAAUAUCCUUCUGGAUGGAAGAUCACCUCACAAAAGAUAAUUGGAAAAUUGGAAUGAUAUGGCUACCUGCAUUCUUUCCUCAUGUACUUGGUGUAAUAAUAACAGUAAAAAUGGCAAAACAAUAUCCUCAACAUCAGUGGCUGAUGGCUGCUGGAGGAUUGGCGCUAGAAGGACUUUGCUGUUUCAUUAUACCUUUCGCAACCUCUUACAAAAUGUUGAUGAUACCUAUUUGUGGGAUCUGCUUUGGUAUAGCUUUGAUUGACACUGCGCUUCUGCCUACUCUUGGAUAUCUGGUUGAUGUCAGAUAUGUAUCUGUAUAUGGGAGUAUAUAUGCUAUCGCCGAUAUAUCUUAUUCAUUCGCAUAUGCUGUCGGACCGAUAAUCGCUGGUGAAGUUGUCGAAGCGAUCGGAUUUACUGCAUUAAAUCUAUUUAUUGCAUUCAGUAACCUCCUGUAUGCUCCCGUACUCAUGUACUUAAGACAUAUUUACGAUUUCAAGCCAUUUGAAAAUGAGGCAAAUAUCUUAAUGGCUGAUCCACCAGAUAAAGAGUAUCAGACGUACAGCAUGCAAGACCAAAGACCGGUAAAUGGGGAAUACAAGAAUCAUCUUGAAUACUCAAACGUGCAGGGUCAGGAUAACGUGGAAGAGUCGAAUGUGGAUAGUUCGAGGGACUACCAGCAGGGGUAUCAAAACUAUUCACAGGGAUACGAGCAGCAAAGUUACCAGCAGGAGAACUACAGUCAACCACGCCAGCUACCUGCGCAGCCGCAAGCUCCAGCCAGUAACCCUUUUAGGGGGGCGGAGGCCGCACCCGCGGGCCCUACAGCGCCGCCCGUAAAGAAUCCCUUCCGGCAAGGCUUCUAGAGCCACUGAGUGUUGUUGUGUAAAUUUGCUAAUAUUACUUGUUGUAUCUUAUAGGUAAUUUCGAUCACUGAGUCGCCUCCCAUUUGCGACUUUUCUUAUCUAGCUGUGCUUAAUGUCGUAGUUUUAACUGUUAGAAAUGUCACCUCAGUAGGACUGAAAGCUCUACAUGUUGUAGUUUGUUGCGUUUGAUAACUGAGAAGGCAUUUUUAUAACAGCCUAUUGUUGAUAUUGUUCUUACCUGUUAAUGUUCUAUUACUUAUAUACUUUCUCACAGAGAUAAAACUAUUCGAUGAUAAAUUCGACUUAGAAAAACAUGAUAUAAAAGUUUAUAUAAUCUAUACUUUAUAUUCGAGAAUACAUCACUCGUAUAAUAUUAAGAUAUUUUGUACAUAAAAAGCACGAUAUUAUAGUAAGUAUAAAAUUUAUCAAGAAUUAAAUUAGGGCCUAAACAGGUGAAACAUUUAACUUCAUCUGAAAAUCUGUAUUUAUAAAAUGCUCUUGUAUUAUUUGGAAUACGUUUUAAUUUAUUGAAUUUCCAAAUUGAAAUCAAAAAUGUUAAAAGUUCAUUUGAGCAGUGUGUAGAGCUCUACAGUUUACGUAUUUGUUAAGUUUGAAUAUAAUAUUAAACUAAUUACGUCCGUAAACACUUAAGCUGAGAACCAAUACCAGCUUAUUCGUAUAUGAACAAGUGUAGUUUGAGUGACGUUUGAAACAUUGAAAUAAAUACGUCAACCAUAGAGCUCUAAGGUACUGAAUUAAAAUUGUCUUACUUGUAUAGUAAAUAUCAAUUUUUCAUAUGAAUACAUAAGUACGAAAAUGUACAUUAUUCUCAAAGUUGUAAUAUUUAACCGUCUCUACAAUCUUUGCCUUUUAUUAAUAUAAAGCAUCUAAUUGUUUCAGCAAUACUUAGUAUAAGAUUUAAUAUCAAUUUAUAACUGUAUAUCAAUUACUAUUACUUAGGUAAGUUAGUGAUCAACUUGUGAUAAAGAGUUGCAACCAAGGUAAAUAAACAUAUCAGAGUCUUUUGAUUCAUUUAGAAUAAUGUAAAGUAUUAGUGAUAUUUUUGAGUGUUAGACGUAGAAUGUGUUUAAGUAGAGUAAUGAUGGAGGUCUGUAGUUAUGUCACGUGACAAAGGCUCUUUUAAAUGUUGAGUUUUAAAUUUAAAAUGCAAAAAAAUUAUUAUUUGUACUUGUAUAUUUGUGACGUUCCCGAUAAGUCAAUUUGAAUGUACAGAGAGCAAGAAGCAUUAUAUUUGUGAAAUAUAUAUAAAAAUAUUUAAAUUCGGCAAAGUUAACAAGGAGAAUUUUAAUGCAAAGCCUUCGUUUAUUGAGUUGGAAUUGAUUGGAAACAGAUAAAUUAGCCUGCAAAGUACAAUAGGAGUUGUAGUAAAUGCACAAAAAACUUACGAAGCACAAACACAAUUUACGUGCUCAAACACGAAAGCACAAUAAUUUCAGAAUAUACUGUCUUUUUCUAAUCUUUGUUAAAAGUAUAUUUUUGAUGUGGUUAAUUAGGUGUUAAGGUGAGGAGUCUGUUGAUGUAAGUUAAGGUCAAUUUUCGUGUCAAAUUCUCCCGAAAUUCAAUUAAUAAGUAGUCAAUGUGCUGAGAGAUGCUUAUACUAAGAUUGAGCGUGACUUUUGAUGAUGACUUUGAAGAAUAAAUUCCUCACGGUUUUUACGUAAAAAUAAAUAAACGUACGUUUUGAUUGGUCAGAAUACUGGUGUUUUACAGUCGAAUUUAGACCACAAUAAAAUAUCAUAACAUCACAUAUUAUUUAUUCAAGUUUACCUCAUCAUACAUAAUACUAUAUCUGCAGUAAAUGUUACAACCUCUAAACUAUUUACAUCCGUACAUAACAACGAAGAUGAAAAACUGAAUAUUUUUUUAAGACCGGAGAGAUUUUUUCAAAAAUAUAAUAUAAAAUUGUUUGUUAUAUAAAUGAAGAAAACAAUAAAAAGUUAUCAUCAAAAGGAACAUAUUAGAUUGAAUAUUACUGAAUUUAUUCUGUAAGAUAGUGAUUUUGUGUCUAUUUUAUCGUAGCAAUAACAUAACCAGCUGUAUCACAUACAUAUCAUUAGAUUUAAGAUAUACAAUUUUACAUAAGAAUAUAUUAUACAUAGCAGUAACGCACAUAAUAUUUAAUGAGAUUAAUAUAUAAUUAUUAAGAUAUAUUUUUAAAUAAUAUUUUUCGUAUAUUGUAUAUUAUUUAUGGUUUUUAAUUUGACAUAUUUACAAAAAUUUAAAAUUUGCCGUAAAUUGCAUUGAAAAUUCAAUGGAUCUGACUUGUCUUGCCAUAUCUUAAACAUAUCAAACAUUUUAUUAUAAAUAACUUAAUCUCAAUUUAUUCACUUAAAGUACUCAUAGUUGUUCAUUAAUCCUUAAUGGUUUAUUGGAGUCUAGGGUAGUGGACCUUGCUUUCCAUAUCAUUACAUAUUAUCAACUUCAAAAAUAUAUUUUAGUUCUUCAUAAUUUCAGAAAAUCUUAGAAUUAUCCUUCAAAUCUAACUGCUUAAAAUGACCUAUGAUCGAAAUGAAGUAUCUCAAAAAAACGGAAUGUCUGCAUCUUUUGAAAGUAUUUUUAUGUUCUAAUAUCGGAAUCCACCUAAAAUUCCAAGUUUGUUUUUUGUUGACGUUUAAAAAUACAAUUCUGUUUGCAGUUAGGUUUGAUACUUUGAUCUAUACCCGUCCGUAGCUUCUAAUUGUCAUACGUCAUCUGUCGCCUUAGUUGAUUUUUUUAAUAGUUACCCUUUUUUAAAAUACUUUUUGAUAGUCUUUUGAACUUUGACAUUUCCUUAUUUAAGUCAUCCUAAGAUAAGAGUUAGUAACUUUUAUUACGUUUUUUAAGCUAGUAUUUUUUAUUUCAAUGUUUUAGUAUAUAUAAUAUAUCAUAGUUAAUAAGUGUAAAUAUUGAAGCCCACACAGAAAUGAGUGAUAAUUCAAUCGAUUCUAUGAUAAACUAUAUACCUGUUCGCGUCUUAAAGCUUAGGCUUACUAAAGCAAUAUCAAAACUGUUAAAAACUUAAUUAAAAAAUAAUUUAAAAUCUUACAUUUAAAGGUCAGUUAAAGAUUCAUUAACAUAUGUCUAUGUACAUCAAACGAGCAUAUCUGAAUAAUUAUAUCUCUGUACGCAUAGUUAUUCAAUAAAUGAAGCAGAUCUUGAUCAAUAAUUUUCGAGUAAUAUAUGAAGAAGCCAAAGUUUUAGUACCGGGUAUCAGGAUCGUAAGGAAAUUUUGUAACAACCACUAAUAGCAGGUAGAGCUAAAUUGACAGUUUCAUUUGCUUAUUUAAAAAAAAAACUAAUAUUCGAAUGGAAAUUCCUGGUAUUGUGGGAAGCGAAAUGCACUACUACUUUUCAUACAAAUACUUGAUGCAGACUUAUAUACGUCAUAUCCAGUCGCAUUGCGGCUAUGCUUAGCUCAUUAUCUUAUAUAUCGUAAUCUUAAAUUAUAAUCAUUAUAGAAAUAUGCGUUAGGUACGUUGUAAAAUUAUAUAUUUCACGAUAGUGUAGAUUCAUGUGGAAUAUUUACGAGGACACAAAUUAUUGUUCAUGUGAAUGUUAUUUCCAUGUACAUUGAACAAUAUGGCGUUAUGUUAAAUGUUAUUACAUUUAUUUAAUGCAAUUACAGCUAAUAUAAUAUAAAAAGCUGAGUGUAGAGUAUUAUAAUAGCUUGUGAAGCGUUAGAAAAAGAAAUUGUACAGUGAAAUAAAAUAAUUAGUUUAUAAAUAAUUUUAAUACGGUAUAAUUUUGAAACUGCUAAAUAAUUUAGCGAAAAAUUAUUACUAUAAUAAUUAUUAUAAUUAAUUAGAUUAUCAUGAUCACCUCAGGAAAUACGUGUAUUUCUUUACAGUGCAAUAUAAUUAUAAUAUUAGUAUUUAUGUAGGGAAUUUAAAUUGUUAAACUCAUAACAUGUGUGUAAAUUACGUUAAAAGUUAGUAUUAUGAAUGUAAUUUAAGAAUAUUAUCAUUAUUAAUCAUACGAUAGCAUACCUUUUAAAACCUAGUUUGUAUAAUCAAUUUCACGCAUUUCCUGUAGACGUGUAGUAAUGUUAAAAAAGCUAUUAGUUAGAUAUAGGAACUUGGAGUGAAUAUUGAAUCAAAGAGUUAUUAAGGCAAAUAUCGUUGUCUGUUUGGAAUAUUGUUUUAUGAAUUUGUAUUGUUCUUGGAUAGUCAUUAGUUUAUGUUAGGUGUUAUGUGUCUUUCAAUUGGUUUGAGAUUUAGCUAUAAGAAAAUGUAUAAAUUAUAUACAAAUCGCAUCUUGUAAGUGUUUCUGAAUUUAACAAGAAUUUAAAACGCCGUGCGAGUCAUUCCCAUUUAUUUCCCUUUUUUCUUAAUUUUUUGACUUAAAAUUUGUUAGAGUUUGAUAAAGGCUAGAAGAUCUUAGUUAUCUGAGAGUUUCCGACUCCGACAUAUAAAUAAAUAUAUAUAUAAAUCUUCCCAAAAAACUGUCUCGUAUGUUAAAAACGGUUGUCUCUUAGAAAUCAGAACAUAGUUAAACUUGCGAAUUGUAAUUGAUUAAUGUAUAAACUAGACAUGUUAUUUUUAUAUUUUUCGUUUUUCUCUUUGACGGCUAAAAGCUUGUAAUUUUGCCCUUCGCUUUAACAACUGCGUGAUAGCUGAUAUGUUGAUAAUCACUUGACGCCUCGAAACUAAAUAUGACAUUUGUCAUCUGUCAGUGUCAUUAUUUGACAGUUAGAUCGCACUAACAAACUCUUUGAAUCCUAAGAGGUUUAUAGUAUUUAGACUGCAUAUAGCAAUGUUGCAGUGGUUGUCAACAUACUACGUAGGUAUUAGUUGUAAUCAAAUUAAUCAUAAUUGUAUAAUGUGGUCAAACUUAAAUCAGUGAUCGAAUAAACUUGUUACACCAAUUAUCAUGGGAUUU